AUGCUCUCCCUCACCCUCAAGGCCGAAAUGGAAGGAGUUACUGGCUUGCAGCCAACUGAUACUGAGGAAAAUCCGUAUUUCUACACGUUCCGGGUGCAAUGCACCUCCUGCCGUGAGACGCACCCGAACUGGGUCAGCUUCAACCGCUUUGAGCAGCAUGAGAUCCCUGGUAGCCGGGGCGAGGCGAACUUCGUCUGGAAGUGCCGCCUGUGCACUAAAACCCACUCCGCCUCCAUCAUCGCUGGCCCGCACUCGUACGAGGCCCAGGAGAAGAAGGCCGACCAGAAAAUCAUUGAAAUCGAUUGCCGGGGUCUAGAGUUCACCGAGUUCAAGCCUGACGGUGAGUGGGAGGCCAAGGGUGUUGAGUCUUCGUCCCCCUUCACUGCCAUCGAUCUCUCCGAAGGCGAGUGGUAUGACUAUGAUGAGAAAGCCGGUGAGGAGGUCAGCAUCAAGGAGAUUACCUGGACUGUUGGCCGGGCCUGA